GGGAUGUGGACUAUUUUAAUUCGUUUAUUUUUCGCACAAUCUGGCAACGGUUUGCAACAUUAUUACGGAGCAGUCACAACGCGCUCAAAGAACGAAACGACAAAGUGUAAAAUUUGAUAAUAUUAUUUCUAACCUUACUUCUACCUUCUCCGCUCUCAUUGGCUAUGAACCAGUGACGCAAAUAACUCCAAAUCCGUAACAGGAAACAGUUUUUGGACGAACAAAAUACCACUCAUUUUUGGUUAAAUUUUGUCGAGCUCACCCGAAAUGAAUUCUCGACAUUUAAUCUCUAACAUUCUUUGCCUAGUUUGUUCAUUCGGAAUUUAUAAAUCGGUAAGAGUCACUUCCGUCUUGAUGUCACAACAUCAUUUACUCAUUGCACAAAUACGUGGCUGAGGAUUUCACCAUGAACACUACGGAAUUCUACAUAGUCUCAACCCUACCAUCCUACAUUGACAAGACCUGGUUCAUCCAUGACCUUUUAAAGCUACCACGCUAUCUUGCCGUAUCUGGGCCGAAUGGUUUCUCCAAAUCAACGAAUUUGAACACGCUUAAGGCCUUUCUGGAGCUCAAGUUGGACGAAAAUAACAAUGCCAUCAACCCAAGACACACACAAAAACUUCCCUUGUUCCAGAACCAGAAAAUUUUCUCCGACAAGACAUUGUUCUGGCGGCAUUUUGCAUUGCGUCCCGUGAUUCAUCUUGAUCUGAAGUCAGUGAACAAUACCACCGACUUUAAUGAGUUCUUAAAAUCCUUCGAGGUUAAUUGUAUCAAGCCCCUUGUCAAUAAAUUUAACUACGUGAUCAACAGUUCGAAUAUUCCAGAUUGGAAGCUGAAAAAGAAGGAGAAACUAUUCUCGAAAGACUUUCUGUGGACUAAUACAGAUUUAUCCGAUUUUCCAGCAACACUUGUGGAUUUCCUCAGCCACCAUCACAGCACCAAAGCUGUUGUCUUAAUCGACAAUUACGAUUAUCCCAUUUCCAAAUCUUACUUGGAUCCACACAUCACAGAGAGCGAUUCCGAUGAAAUUAUGGAGUUCAUCGAGAGAUUGGUUACCAUGGUAACAAAACAAAGAAACACGUAUUUAUUGUUUCUGACCGGUAUCCUGGGAUUCGAGCUUGAGGGUGCUCUAAAAUUACACUAUGAAACGAUAUUCGAUUCACUUUAUUCAAGCUUUGGCUUCCUUGAAUCCGAUCUGGAGAUUUUAGGAAAUGUAUUUGAGCUUCCACCAGAUGAAGUGAAAAUUUUGAAAAUGUACCACGGCGGGUACCGGCAUUACGACACUUCAGAAAAUGAGAUAUUCAUCAGAAACCCGAAAAUAAGAAUGUACAAUACUUACUCAAUCGUAACAUACUUGCAGUCAAAACAAUCGUCUAUUCCAUUCGGUGGAGUUGAUGCGGUGAUACCACUACUCACACAUAAAAAGUGUGGGCCCAGGUUUGAGCAAUGCGUGUUGGACGAGUGCCAUAUCUUGGUGAGGAGUGACCAGUGGGUCCAAAAGGACUUGCUUCAGCUGAAAAUAUCGCUCUACCCCGAGUCUAGAGCAGACUGCGAUUUGGUCUUGCGGUUGUUUGCGGAUAAUGGUUUUUUCUCCGCAAAAAUAUCGCAUGAGUUGCGUACCUUAUCCGUUCCGAAUUUCGAGGUGAAGGUAAGGUUGAUGGACUACCUCUACAAAAGCACGUAUUUGAGGGACCGGUACGGCUACUCAGAGCAUGAUGAGAGGAGGUAUGUUUUGGCGAUGGAAAAUUUGGGCGAAAACGUUGUUACGCUCAAGAAUGUGGUUAUAUCGGUGCAGAAUCUAUUUCGGAAGAUGGUUCCCGAGGGAGAGGAGUUCAUGCAACCGGUUUUGUUCUAUCCACUAGACGCAGCGGACUUCGCGACGUACCAAAUACAGAAAUACACGGGUUCCUCUUCAAAUUACGAUAUUUUUGUGAAAAGGAAGCGUGAUUCAACUGGGAUUCUGUUCAAGUUGCGAUGUAAACCUGAUGAUCUAGGUCGUGCGGUGGAAGAGAUGAAAAACUCACCACCUUCGGAUGGGCCAUUCGAAAUGAUUCCUGGCUUAAAAGACAGCAUUGAAUUACGGCUUGUUGUGACUGCAGAGAAGAGAGUGUUUGGGUUCUAUAAUUAUACCAGACUCGAUGGGAAGUCAAUUUGUGGAGCCUGGCAAACGAAGGAUAAUUCAACUCUGCACGGCAACAAUGCAACUUCAACGAAAUGUUGCCAUAAAUAAUGAGAUUAUCAAUUCUAAACGUCACAACUCUGUAAAUACAACACAAGACGUAUAAUUAAGCAAAUCUAUUAAUAGGCCUGUUGCACAGUUUAUUGCUUGUAUCGAAAGAAUUAAGGCUCUUGAUGUCACAUGAAUUUUAUCAGAGUUUUUUUUUUAACACUGGAAGCCCUCAAAAAAUCAACUUAAAACGCCAAAAUUCGGAAUUUUAACACGGUCACUUUUAAGCGGGAACGGAUCCGGUACUUUCGUGACGUCACAGCACAUGAAAAAGCUGAUUUUUUCACCGUUUACAAUUUAUUUCUCUAUAGGGAUUUAGCAGCCGCUUGAUGAAGAAACCAGGUUUGUCAUGUACUGUGACGUCACGAGUGUACCGGAUGCGUUUCAGCGUAAAAAUUACCGUUUUGCAUGGAUCGGUUCCUAAAACAGUUUUUUUGAGUUUGGGAGGUGAUUUUAAGAUUUCAUAACAGCGCCAGCGCUUUUCGUAAAAUUUGCCAUGGGAAUCAGAUAGCAAUUCACAAAUCCCUGCACCUUGCAACGGGCCCAUUGAGUCCACAGACCUACGCGCUGAAUUUGGAAAAAUUCAGUAACAGUUACAUAUUUUUUUUGCAGAAUAUGCAUUCAUCUUCUCUAAUGCCUUCAAAAUUUCCAAAACAUUGCCCGCCGAUUAUAGAUGACUUACAGUAGAGUCUCGAUUAUCCGCGAUAAUUGGGACGGGAGAUACUGCGGAUAAUCGAAAAUCGUGGAUAAGGCGGAUCUACGCAAGACGGCCGGAAAUAGUCAUCGGAAAGACUGUAUUUUAAAGGCAUCAGUAAAGACACUUACCAUGCAUUAGAAAAGAAUAUAAUUAUUAACUAAGAAUCAAUAAACGUUCCCUGCUAAACAAAUUAAACUUUAUUUUUUGAAGAAUUCAUCAAAUGGAAAAAUGGUUUUUCCGAAGAGGAGAGGAAUGACCCCAAAUUUCUCCGUUCGGUCCCGGUCGCUUUCAAAAGAAAUAGAAAACGUGAAAAAAAGUUCGCUCCACAAACCGCGGGUAAUCCGAAUCGCAGAUAACCGAGGCGCGGAUAAUCGAAAAAAAAUGAACUACACUAGAGUCUUCAUUAUCCGCGGUAAUUGGGACCGGAGAUACCGCGGAUAAUCCGAAUCUACGCAAGGCGGCCGGAAAAAGUCAUCGGAAAGACUGUAUUUUAAAGGAAUCAGUAAAGACACUUACCAUGCAUUAGAAAAGAAUAUAAUUAUUCACCAAGAAUCAAUGAACGUUACCUGUUAAACAAAUUAAACUUUACUUCUUAAAGAAUUUCUUGAUGGAAGAUUGAGUCAUGGAUUUGAACCCCUCUUCCACAGACCGCGGAUAAUCCGAAUCGCGGAUAACCGAGGCGCGGAUAAUCGAAAAAAAUGAACCACAGUAGAGUCUCGAUUAUCCGCGAUAAUUGGGACGGGAGAUACUGCGGAUAAUCGAAAAUCGUGGAUAAGGCGGAUCUACGCAAGACGGCCGGAAAUAGUCAUCGGAAAGACUGUAUUUUAAAGGCAUCAGUAAAGACACUUACCAUGCAUUAGAAAAGAAUAUAAUUAUUAACUAAGAAUCAAUAAACGUUCCCUGCUAAACAAA